AUGGUUGAUUUGGUAGAAAAUUUGACUUUCGACAUCAAUAAUUUGACGAAUGCGACGAACUCGACUUCUGGUGAAUUUCUUGCCAGAUUUUACUAUCCACCAAAUCCAUCGGCACCACCAUACGCCCCAUUUUUUGGAUUCAUGGGAUGUACGGCGGCUCAGGUUUUCACGGUGCUCGGCGCCGCCUACGGCACGGCUAAAUCAGCGGUAGGCAUUAGUCAAAUGGCAGUGACGAGACCGGAGCUGAUCAUGAAAAGCAUCAUCCCUGUCAUUAUGGCUGGCAUCAUUGCUAUUUAUGGCCUCGUCGUCGCAAUGGUUAUCAAGGGGAAAAUCGGCGGGGAAAAUUACACGCUUUACGCGGGAUUUAGUCACAUGGCCGCUGGUCUGACUUGUGGUCUUUGCGGACUCGGCGCCGGUUUCGCAAUCGGAAUCGUCGGUGACGCUGGGGUUCGUGGCACGGCUCAACAACCGCGACUUUUCGUCGGAAUGAUUUUGAUUCUCAUCUUCUCGGAAAUGAAUUGGUCGGUGUUGGCCGUUUGGCCAGUUGGCCCAAAUCGCUCAAAUGAUAUCCUUAAUUUGUUU